UAUUUCAUAUCUGAGGGGAAGUCAGAAGCAGCAACAGCAAUAAAAGCAGUGGUUUCUGCCUUGUUUUCCAGAGCAGCAUCAACAGGCAUCUCUACCAUGACACUGCACUGCUUGCAGCUUUUUCUCUUACUUCUGCUUGGUUCAUGGUGGCCAGACUCGGAGCAGCAUGUGGCGGGAGCUGUGAAGGUCAGGGAGCACUAUAUAGCUGCACAGAUCACUAGCUGGACCUACAAACCGGAACCUGAGGAAAAGUCCAGAUUGGAACAUUCAGAUCCUGUAUUUAAGAAAAUUUCUUACAGAGAAUAUGAAGUGGAUUUUAAAAAAGAAAAACCAGCAAAUACAUUUUCAGGACUUCUGGGACCAACCCUGCGUGCUGAAGUGGGAGAUACUUUAGUGGUUCACCUUAAAAAUAUGGCUGACAAGCCAGUCAGUAUUCAUCCUCAGGGUCUAGUUUACAGCAAAAAUGAAGAAGGCUCCCUGUAUGAUGACAGAACAUCACCUGCAGAAAAACGAGAUGAUGCUGUACUUCCAGGCCAGCUUUACACAUAUGUGUGGGAUAUAUCAGAAGAAGUUGGUCCAAGAGAAGCUGACCUUCCUUGUCUUACUUAUGCUUACUAUUCUCAUGAGAACAUGGCAAUGGAUUUUAACUCUGGUCUGAUUGGAGCAUUGCUGAUCUGUAAAAAAGGAAGUCUAAAUGAGGAUGGGUCACAGAAACAUUUUGACAGGGAAUAUGUGCUUAUGUUUGGUGUGUUUGAUGAAAACAAGAGUUGGCAAAGAUCAGCAUCAGUCAAGUAUACAAUUAAUGGCUAUACUGAUGGAACGUUACCAGAUUUAGAGGCUUGUGCAUAUGACAACAUUAGCUGGCACUUGAUAGGAAUGAGUUCUAAGCCAGAAAUCUUCUCCAUUCAUAUCAAUGGCCAGUCCAUGGAGCAAAAACAUCGCCGAGUUUCUGCUGUUAACUUGGUGGGAGGAGCCUCAAGCACCGUAAACAUGACAGUGACUGAGGAGGGAAGGUGGCUCAUAUCUUCUCUUGUCCAAAAGCACAUGCAAGCUGGAAUGCAUGGUUACCUGAGUGUAAGGGACUGUGGGGACAAAGAGGUGAAGAAGAGUCGUCUCUCCUACAGAGAACGUCUUAUGGUCAAAACCUGGGACUAUUUCAUUGCUGCAGAAGAAGUUACCUGGGAUUAUGCCCCAAGUAUUCCAGACACCCUUGAUAGGCACUAUAAAUCACAACACUUGGACAACUUCUCCAAUCUCAUAGGUAAAAGGUAUAAAAAGGCUGUUUUUAGGCAAUAUACUGAUGCCAGCUUUACUAAACGUCUGGAAGGUCCUCGUCCCAAGGAAACUGGAAUCUUGGGCCCUAUUAUCAGAGCUCAAAUCAAUGAUAAAGUCAAAAUUGUAUUCAAAAAUAAGGCCAGUCGACCCUACAGCAUUUAUUUCCAUGGAGUGACAUUUGCAAAGAAUGCAGAAGGAGCUGAUUAUCCUCUGGAUCCCACAAGCAAUGGCACCCAGAGUAGAGGAGUUGAACCAGGGAAAACAUAUACAUAUGAGUGGAAAAUUACUAAAACAGACCAACCCACUGCACAGGAUGCACAAUGUAUUACAAGGUUGUAUCACAGUGCUGUAAAUACUGAGAGAGAUAUAGCCUCUGGACUGAUUGGCCCACUUCUGAUCUGUAAAAGUGAAGCCCUGACGCAAAAGGGUGUGCAGAAAAAGGCAGACGAGGAGCAACAGGCAGUGUUUGCUGUGUUCGAUGAAAAUAAGAGCUGGUACCUAGAGGAUAACAUCAAGGAGUACUGCAGCAACCCAGCCACUGUUAAAAGGGAUGAUCCCAAGUUCUAUAACUCAAACAUAAUGCACACAAUAAAUGGCUAUGUGUCUGACAGCAGUGAAAUCCUUGGAUUUUGUCGGGAUACUGUGGUUCAGUGGCACUUUUCCAGUGUCGGUACUCAUGAUGAGAUUGUCUCUGUCCGCCUUGCUGGGCACUCUUUUCUGUACCAAGGGAAAUACGAGGAUACAUUGAGCCUUUUCCCAAUGAGCGGAGAAUCGGUCACGGUGGAAAUGGACAAUGGUGGUACUUGGCUUUUGGCAUCCUGGGGCUCUCCUGGAAGGAGUUAUGGCAUGAGGCUGAGAUUCAGGGAUGCUAAAUGUGACUAUGAGGAAGAUGAAACAUUUGAUGUUGUGGAUUUAACUCCUGUCAAGACUGAAAGAAAGGCUGUUCCCACCUCAGCUGAGGUAGAUUUGCAAGAAAAUGAGGAAGACAAGGAGGAAUCGGAUUAUCAGGAUUACCUGGCUUCUUUUUACUCCAUUCGAAGCUCAAGAAAGGCAGCAGGUGAUGAAGAAAAACAAAAUCUUACAGCACUGGCCUGGGAGCAGUAUGAAGACACUGAUGCUAUGAGUUCUGAAGUGGCAGCUGGCUCAGGUCUGACAGCUAUAAAUAGUAGUGGAACAACAAACAACUCUAAGUUCUUAGAAACUCGUAUCACUCCUCUUCCCCCAGUCAAGGCCGAAACAUUCCAGUCAAAUCACACAUCAAUCACAGCAGAAGAGGAUUUAUUUUUAACUUCAACACGUGAUGGAGAAGCUGACUUGGUAUUUGAGAAUAGAAGCCAAAGCAACUAUGAAAUAGCUCAUGGUAACAUGUCUGCAGGUGAACACGUGCUGAGCAACGGGGAGCACCCAGGGAAUGUUGCAGAAGAGCUUCCAGCUGAUGGAAAGGACAGUAAGUCUUUUCCAGAAAAACAUCAAGAGCAAAGCACAGGAAGAGGAGAUUAUACCUCUAACAAGAAAAGGAAAAGGCGAAGCUCACUGGCCAUUAAGUUUUACGCUGUCCAAAAGAUGAAUGCCCUUCUAAAUCAUGUCCGAAAUAAAAAUGUCUCAUUUUCUGACAAGACUGGUGCACCUCAUUCUGUGCAUCAUACAGAGGACACAUCCAAUGAAGCCGUGGUGGGAACUGGCAAGCUGCCAAAUGAAUAUGAUGAUGAUCUGGAAGAGGAGGAAAAGAACAUGGAAAAUGCCAUGCACACAGUUAACUUGACACUGGAUUUGGACCCCAUAGUAGGGUCUAAUGCAUCCAGCCUUUCUGAACCCAGGAUAUCCAAAGAUAAGCCAGCAGAUGUUUUUUCUUUAGAGUAUAUGUUAGACAAUAUAAGCCCUAAUUCCAGCCCUGCUCUAGUGAAGAACUUACUAGAAACAUCAUUGCCUAGGACUGGGAAAUAUUCAUCUAAAAUGACUAGUGAAGAAUGGAAUUUGGUGUCUGCAAAGAUGAAUCUGGGAUUAGAGGCAAGCUUAGAUAAAUCUGCUGGUGGGAAGUUAAAUCAUCAUGGCAGAAAUGGUACAGCAUCCAUAAAUAGGGAGGAUAUGAAGAAGUAUCAAGGGUUCUCACAUCUAAUGGGGGAAAACCAGAAAGGGAGCCACAUGCACCAAGCUCAGAAAGGAAAGGAGGGAAACAACAAUGAUACCUUGACUUCAUCUGGAACCUUCAUCAAAAUUCGAAGGAGAAAGAAAGAAGAUGCAAAAAUUACCUACUUGCUGAGCCCAAGGAGUAGAAACCCCAAAAAGCUCAGUAGUUCUGUGGCAUUGUUUCCAGGUGGGACCAACCACACAGCAGAUGCCACCAAGGCAGCCAGUGAGAGCCCGAGGGUGGGUGUGAGCAGAGCCAGGCACGGAGGGUCGCUGAAUGGCAGCCUCACCCCGCGGCAGUUCCGGCCAUCCAUCACCAUCGGCCUUCCCCGAGCUGAUGGGGACUACGAGUAUGUGAUAGGAGAGUCCUACAGCGACGAAAGCUCGGGUGGGGAGUACGAGUACCAUUACGUGAGCUUUGAUGACCCCUACAUGACAGACCCCAAGGUGAACAUCAGCAGGCAGCGGAACCCUGAUGGCAUUGCUGAGCACUACCUGCGCAGCAGAGGCAAUGAGAGGAGAUACUACAUUGCAGCUAAAGAGGUCUGCUGGAACUAUGCAGGAUAUAAGAAAAGUACAAUGAGGAAUGACAAAACCUGUAAAGAUGGCAGCAGACGUAAGGUGGUUUUCCAGAGCUAUACAGACAGCACCUUUUCGACUCUUCAGGAUGAAGAUGAAUAUACAGAACACCUUGGCAUCCUGGGACCAGUUAUUCGGGCUGAAGUGGACGAUGUUAUCCUAGUUCAUUUUAAGAAUCUGGCAUCCAGACCAUAUUCCCUCCAUGCUCAUGGAGUCCUCUAUGAAAAGUCCUCUGAGGGAAGUGUUUAUGAUGAUGAAUCUACUGCUUGGUUUAAGGAAGAUGAUGAAGUUCAGCCAAAUAACAGCUACAUAUAUGUAUGGUAUGCAAGCAGGCGAUCAGGCCCAGAGCAGUCAGGAGCAGCUUGUCGGUCCUGGAUCUACUACUCUGAUUUAAACCUGGAGAAAGACAUUCAAUCUGGUUUGAUUGGGCCAAUACUGAUCUGUGAGAAAGGAGCCUUCAACAAAUCAGACAGCAGCAGGAUAUAUACCCGAGACUUUUUCUUGCUUUUUAUGGUCUUUGAUGAAGAGAAAAGCUGGUACUUUGACAAACAUUCUGGAAGGCCUUGUAAUGAGAAGACACAAGAAAUGCAACACUGCCACAAAUUCUAUGCCAUUAAUGGGAUUACCUACAAUUUGCAAGGCUUAAGGAUGUAUGAAGGUGAAACAGUCCGAUGGCACUUGCUGAAUAUGGGUGGGCCAAAAGACAUUCAUGUUGUUCAUUUUCAUGGACAGACUUUCAUAGAACAAGGACAGCCAGAGCAUCAGCUUGGAGCAUACACUCUCCUCCCAGGCUCAUUUAGAACAAUUGAAAUGAAACCACAGAGACCUGGCUGGUGGCUUUUAGACACUGAAGUGGGGGAAUACCAGCAAGCAGGAAUGCAGGCAUCCUAUUUGGUUAUAGAGAAAGAGUGCAGGAUUCCAAUGGGCCUGGCAAGCGGAGUUAUACUCGAUUCACAGAUCGAUGCUUCACAUCACAUAGACUAUUGGGAACCUAAAUUAGCCCGAUUAAAUAAUUAUGGAACGUACAAUGCCUGGAGUGCUACAAUGGAGGAAGAGCUCCCUUGGAUCCAGGUGGACUUUCGAAGACAAGUUUUGCUUACUGGGAUACAAACACAGGGAGCCAAGCAGUUCUUUAAGUCCUUGUACAUCCAGAAGUAUUUUCUUGUUUACAGCAAAGACAAACGGACAUGGAACACCUUCAAAGGAGACAGCUCACCAACAGGAAAGAUUUUCGAAGGUAAUUCCAAUGCGUAUGACAUAAAAGAGAACAUCAUUGAUCCGCCCAUUGUUGCUAGGUACAUCAGACUCUACCCCACUGAGGUCUACAACAGGCCUACUCUUCGCAUGGAGCUUCUGGGCUGUGAAGUAGAUGGUUGCUCUUUGCCACUUGGAAUGGAAAGUGGAGAGAUCAAGAAUACCCAGAUAACAGCCUCAUCUACUAUGACAUCCUGGUUUAACAAAUGGGAUGCUUCACUUGCCCGUCUCAAUCAGAUUGGAAAGAUGAAUGCCUGGCGAGCCAAGUCGAACAACAACCAACAGUGGCUGCAAAUUGAUCUCCUCACAGUUAAGAAGAUCACUGCUAUUGCUACGCAGGGGGUCACAUCCAUGUCAGCUGAAAACUUUGUGAAAACUUAUGUUCUUCUGUACAGCAACGAAGGCUCUGAGUGGAAAACCUACACAGAGGGUUCAAGCUCAGUUCCAAAGGUUUUCUUGGGUAAUGCAAACAGCAAUGGGCACGUCAAGAAUUUUUUUAACCCACCCAUCCUGUCCAGGUUCAUCCGCAUUGUUCCAAAAACAUGGUACCGUGGGAUUGCCCUUCGGGUAGAACUCUAUGGCUGUGAUUUUGGUGUGGGUCUGGCUGUGAAAAGGACUGACGAGUCUGGGAGCUCUUAACCUGCCAGCAGUCAUCAUGUAGAACAACAUGUUUGUCAAGAAACCCUUAAAACAGUCAUGCUUAGUAGUUUGGAUGUGUGCUUCAUCAAAGAAACACUGGCAGGUAUUUCAUUCCUGCAAAUGCACACUUUAGAAAACAGCUUCAGAGCUCUGGGAAGAAAUUGUAGUCCCUUCUGAUUAGUAUUAUCACUUCUUCAUUAUAACCAGUACUCUGUCUUACUUUUUACUUAAUUUUAAGUCCUAAAUCCCUAGGAAUGGAGACUCUGGCCUUGAUCCUGAGCCCUGAUAAUCUCCAUUUUGUAAUGCUUUUGCAGCACAGAUGAGGAAUAGAAAGCUAUAGCGGGUGGAUGUUCUUCUUAGGUAAGUCUGAGAGGGGAAACCAGUGCUGGUCUGGAGCUGUGGUGCAGCAUUCCAGCAGUGUCUUGGUGAGAAAUGAUUGUAGGGGUGGCCUCUUCUCCAUGUGUCUUUCACCUACACUGUGGCAAAGGCAGGACAUGUCUCAGCACUGGGAUAUGUGCAACCCCUUCUCAGAGAAUGUGUGUUGGCAUUGUUGGUUUGGUUCUUGCAUACCCAGAACACCUGAAUGCUGUGGAUUUCACAUAAUUAAUCUUCAGUGCCCUGGAAGGGAAAAGGGGGUCAGCAGUACCUUUCCAUCCCAGAAAUGAGAAGGGAAGUGAUUUAAUCUGGCAGAUCAUAGAACAGCAAUGGGAGAACCAAAAUGAGAAUUCAGAACUCCUGAUGCUUAGUCCCAUAUACACUUUUAGACUGCUGGGACAAGGAGCUUGCUUGCUGAGGAAAGCUUUGAGAACUGCAGCUGUUCAGUGACAGUACAGCCUGGGGGUGGCAGAAGAGGAUUAGAUGAAACUGGGUAACAGAAACACCUGCAUCUUCUCUUACAAUUUAACAGUGUUUUCACUAAUGGAAAUACUCUUGUGCAUAGAUUUAACAUGGAUUUACCAGGACGACUACAUCUGAAAAUAGAUACACAGUCCAUGAACUCAUUAUUCCAGCAGAAUUUUAGCUAAGAGUUCUGUAGUGUUCUGGGCUUCUAUCCUGUAAGUUGUUGAUUUGCAGCAUUUCAUUUAUCACACUAGGUACCAUUCAGCAGACUGGAUUUUUAAAGUAGUUUGUCUUUGAACUUUGGAUGGUGUUAGCCAGUUUUAUUUCAGUAGUUUUUAAUUUCUUUCUCUUCUAGAACAUGCAUUUUAAAGAGAAGGUAUAAAACAGGAGUGAAAAAAAGUGUAAAACCUAAACAAUUUUUUUAUUAUUCUUUUUUUUUACUAUGUCACAAACUUGUAAUUUUCCACUGGGAAAUAAAGCUAAUAUUGUAGCAUGAAAGGCAUCAACUUUUUAUUUUGUAUAUUUGCCUCUACAGUAGUAGCUUUAGUAACAGUAAAAUUUUGCAACAGGAAAGUAAAAUUUUCAGCACUAAUUAGAUUUCAAAUGGUGAAACAUAUGAAUAAUUGCUUCAUCUUUAAAAGUUGAUUUCUUAGUAUUUUGUAAUGGUGCUUAAUUUAUUUUUGUUUGACACCUCCAUGAAAUUGCAACACAAGCCAUAUUCACUGGAAAAAAAAAAAAGAAA